AAUGUUCAGCAUGUAUAAAUGCAGUUCUAAGAGGAAGCAGUAGACUAGAAGGACCUGGCAGAGACCGAGAGAUACAAACCUUUCACAGGUUUUCAAACAAAUCUCAAGAUAUCACUGUGGGAAACACUGGUUGACCUGACAGAAUGUUCUCAAUCCUGUUUGUCACAGUCUUCUUGGCCAGCUGCUUGGCAAUGCCCAUCAAAGAACCGUACUCGUAUUCCUCUGCGGUGGGUCUGGGCACUGGCACCCCAUUUGCUUCCUCCGGUGAGGGACGCAUCACAGCGGUCAGAGUGUGGGAGAACAACAACUACUACUACUACUACUACUACAACAACAACGCCUACAUCAACGGGUUCCAGCUGAGAUAUAGCAACACCUGGUCUCCUGUGUUCGGUCGCGAAGUGGGUGAAAAGCAGGAGAUGGAGCUGUUUAAGGAUGAGGCCAUCGUCGAGGUGUCUGGGAAGUACAACCCAGCAGACUACAUCUGCUACCUGGUGAUCACCACCAACACAGGGCGCACUCUGACGGCCGGCCUGCCUAACCAAGUCUCCUUCAACUUCUACCCAGCCAACAAGGGCAAUGAGCUGAGGCUGCUCAGCGGUCGCUUCAACGGUGCCGGGAUCACUUCCAUCGGAGCCCACUGGGGAUUGGUGUACAAGGAAGAGGCUGGAAACAGUACCUCCUCUUAAUCGAGAAAAAAAAUUAAGUAUGUCUUGCUCUUUGGGAUGGUUUCCCGGAUACAGAUUUAAUAUCACUAUCUGAUGGGUGCUUCAUGCGAUUUUAAACUGAAUUAAUUUGAAUAUUUAGAAUUUUUUUGGAGUAAUUUUGUACUGCUUCAAGUGAGGUGAUCCCGUUUGAGUGAGUGGGUCACGGACCACAUGCGUUGUUACUCAUCACUUGAGGUUGUAUUUAUCACAAUUAAUGAAAUAAUCAUAUGGGAUUUAAAGGAUUCAUUAUAUAUUUGAUGAAUUGAACAAUAAAAUAUUAUGGGGAGAUAAUUGCAUAUCAUGGUACUUCACCUUCACUAUUUUAUACACACUGUAUUUUUUUUGUGUGCUCCUUUUCUGCUACAUCUGCAUACUGAGAUUUAAUAAAAAGCAUAUCUUUAAUCAUUA